AUGUCGCAUCUUGAAUACAAUAAAGAACCCGAUUUCAACGCAUAUCACAAAAAUGCAUUAAAUGCAUUACAGCAAAUAGCUACAGAAGCAAAUAUUUUACCAAAACAAAAAAACCUUUUAAUUCGUCCAAAAAAGAAAUUAAUCAUCGAUUCACCUUCAUAUUUCCAUUUUGAACAUUCAUCAUCACCCCCUCCGCAAGAUCAUCCACAACUUGAUACAUCAAUUCCUUCACAAUCAUCUCAACAUUCUGUAAUUUUUAAUUCAAUUCAUUCGAUUAAAAAUAUCGAUUGGCCGAACGAUGAUGAAGGUUGGAUUGUCAUUAAAGGCGCAAUUGAUAAUGACAAAGACAUUGAAUUGAAAUGCAAAGAUGAAUUCGAUGAACUACACACGUAUGAAAUUCUAAAGAAAGGUGGAGAGCGAACCAUUGAUCAAUUUGGCAAGAAAUCUAAAGAAAACAACCAAAUUUCAAAUACCAUGCAUCAUUUGGAAGAUGAUGAUGUAUAUUUGUUUCUGUAG